CGGCGAGGGGAAGCUCUGGCCUCGCGUAUCCUGAGAAGUUGUACGCAGCUUCCACUUACGCCGGCUUCGACGCGUCUUCGACCUCUUUUAAGAGCUCCAACUUCUCCGGCGACGUCGCUUUGCAUCUCGACCAGGCAGAUGUCCUAUUGCUUUGCAGAAACUGCUAUAUCUUAUGUGGGAAUUCCCACCUGUUUCUAUUGGGGGUUCCGUAUGAUGUAUUCCAUUUUCUGCAUUCUGUAGCAUAAUAAGGAGGUUGAACCAGAAAAUAGAAAUGCUUUCAAUGAGAUAAAGACCAUCCCUGCUGAAAAUGGGAGCAUAGUAGAAACUCAUAAUAACAAUGUGUUGUUGGAGGGUCUUGGUUUUAUUGGUGUUUAUGAUCAGUGGGUUGCACCUCAAGUACUUGGUCCACGCCCCAAAUCCAGAUAUGAGCACGGUGCAGCUGUUAUUCAUGAUAAGAUGUACAUAUUUGGUGGAAAUCAUAAUGGUCGUUAUCUUAGUGAUCUCCAGGUUUUGGAUUUGAGAACUUGGAAUUGGUCCAAGAUUGAACUUAAAGUUGGUGAUGAGUCUCUGGAAUCUUCAUCUCCAGUAUCAGUUUCUGCAUGUGCUGGUCAUUCAUUGGUACCAUGGGGUAAAGAUAAACUUAUUUCUAUUGCAGGAUAUACUAAGAAUCCUUCUGAAUCUAUGCAAGUGAAGGUGAUUGAUUUGCAAACAAACACUUGGUCAACAUUAAAGACAUAUGGGAAGCCACCGGUCUCACGUGGAGGCCAGUCAGUGACGUUUGUGGGAACAACCUUAGUCAUAUUUGGUGGCCAAGAUGCAAAUGGAUCUCUUUUGAAUGAUUUGCAUAUUCUGGACUUAGAAACCAUGACAUGGGAUGAAAUGGAUACCCUGGGUGUGCCACCAUCUCCAAGAUCUGAUCACACUGCUGCUGUACAUGCUGAGCAAUAUCUUCUUAUUUUUGGUGGGGGUUCACAUGCUACUUGUUUCAAUGAUUUGCAUGUCCUCAACUUGGAUACUAUGGAAUGGUCAAGGCCUAUACAACAAGGUGAAAUUCCAAGUCCUCGUGCUGGCCAUGCUGAUGUAACAGUGGGAGAAAAUUGGUUCAUUAUUGGUGGUGGUGACAAUAAGAGUGGUGUCUCAGAAACUGUUGUCCUCAAUAUGUCGACACUAGUCUGGUCUGUUGUAACCACAGUUCAAGGCCGUGUUCCACUUGCUAGUGAGGGUUUGAGUUUGGUCCUGAGCUCCUAUAAUGGUGAAGAUAUACUGAUAUCUUUUGGGGGAUAUAAUGGGCAGUACAGAAAUGAGAUUAAUGUCCUCAAACCAAGCCACAAAUCAACUAUGCAAUCAAAGAUAGAGACUCAUGUGCCAGACAGUGUUUUCGCUGUUCAUAAUGCUACAAAUCCUACAAAAGACUUGGAGUCUGAGCUUAAAUUGCAAGAAGGAAAAGUAAAGGAAAUCAUCAUGGACAGUGGUGAUUCAGAUCCCAAGAGAAUCAUAAGCCAAGAGAAUAGUGAAGGCCCUAUAGCUUCCCUCAAGGCAGAGAUAAAAGAACUUGAAGCAUCUAUUAGCACACAAAAUAUGCAGUGUCUUCAAAUAAAGCAAAAGUUAUCUGAAGCCGAGACGAGGAAUACAGAUAUUUACAAGGAACUCCAAUCUGUGCGUGGUCAACUGGCUUCUGAGCAGUCAAGAUGUUUUAAACUCGAGGUGGACGUUGCAGAGUUUCGACAGAAGCUGCAAAGCUUGGUCGUACUGCAGAAAGAGCUUGAGCUUCUACAGCGACAAAAAGCCAGUUCCGAAGAAGGUGCCCUCAACGGGAAUAGGCAAUUAAGAUCUGGUGGCGUUUGGGGUUGGUUUGCUGGAAGUCCUAAUGACGAAAAUGAAAUAAACCGCUCAUGAAAACAACACCAAAAAGAUAGAAGUUGGCCAUUUUUAUAAAUCUCACAUAAUAAAGAUGGAUGCCAUAUUGGAUUCUUGGCCAUAAAAUACCAAUAUUGUAUGUAUGUAUACAAGAUACCACCACUUCACUUGUCCUUUAUUUCAUUAUGUUUGUUUGUAGCUUUUAUUAGAUUUUGUUUUGUUUUGUUUUGUUUUAUACUUUUAAUUUUAUUUUUUUAAGAGGAAAGACUAUUUUUCAUUAAACCACGAGCUCAUCAGUAUUACCAUCAAUCUUAUUA